AUGGCUAGGCGCGAUUACACCAUUGAACUGGAGAAUAUUACCCCCGUCAUCACGGGCAUUCCAUUUUUGAAGUCACUUAAUUUUUCUCUUACCAAUCAAAAGGCUGCCAACAUGGAUGCCAUGUUCAAUGUCAAAGUCAACAAAUUACCAGUUAUUGCCUCGGUGUUUCUCCUGACUAAGGGUAAACGUCGCCUCAACGUAUUCCAGAUGUCGGUAGAUAUAUGUGAAGCUCUCAACAAUACGGCGCCCAAUAAAUUUCUAUCAGUAUUUAAAGAUGAAAUGUUGCGAACAUCGAAUAUACCAAAACAUUGUCCUUUGCAGGAGAAUGUCCUCUAUUCCGUACGCAACUAUACCGUCAACGAUGAAUCCUAUCCCCCGAUUUUACCUGAUGCCACAUGGCAGUUUGAAAUAAAUAUCAAUAAUGGCAACAAUAAAAAUCUAAAAACUGGCAUUGUGAAAAAUUACAGGUCACAUUCGCCGGAUAUAAAAUAUAUACAGUAA